AGAAAACACCAACAUUAUCGGGUGCGUUUAGAAGAAUUGGCGCUUUUGGGAAAUGGGUAAAACAACGAUCGUAAUAUCAUCCAAGAGUAUUAUCCGGUGCGUCCCGGAAAUAAUAAUCGAGCGCACCCGGCACAACGCGGGAAAGCGCGGUGUGUCGGUUUAGUAGUUUCCACCACAGGGCAUCCAUCGCGCCAAUCUUCGGGGUUUACGCUGUUCUCGACAAGUAAAGUGCACACAUGUCGGUUUGUUCCGUUUGUCGUUAGCUGUGCCUAGAACCGACAGACUCGACCCAUUGUCGAGGGGUCCCCGGGUUGAAUGCAGGAAGCAGUCGGUCGGUCCCAGAAACCGCUGUCCCUGUAGCCGUUAGCUCCUACACAAAGAGAGCAGCUCUGCUAAAGCUGCCCCUAAAACACUGAAGUCGGGGUUGACCAUUAAGAUGGAAACGUUUCAGAAGGUGGAGAAAAUAGGAGAAGGGACGUACGGAGUGGUUUACAAGGCUAAAAACAAAGUGACGGGAGAAACCGUUGCACUGAAGAAAAUCAGGCUGGACACGGAAACAGAGGGCGUUCCCAGCACAGCCAUUCGAGAAAUUUCACUUCUUAAAGAACUCAGUCACCCAAAUAUUGUCAAGCUGAGAGAUGUCAUCCACACCGAGAACAAACUUUAUCUGGUUUUUGAGUUUCUUCAUCAGGAUCUGAAAAAGUUCAUGGACUCCUCCUCAGUUACUGGCAUCCCACUGCCUUUGGUGAAGAGUUACCUUUUCCAGCUGCUGCAAGGCCUAGCCUUCUGCCACUCUCACAGAGUUCUCCAUCGAGACCUGAAGCCCCAGAACCUCCUCAUCAAUGCUCAAGGAGAGAUCAAGCUGGCCGACUUCGGCCUUGCACGCGCCUUCGGAGUACCUGUACGCACUUACACACACGAGGUGGUCACUCUUUGGUACAGGGCACCAGAAAUCCUCCUGGGUUGUAAAUUCUACUCCACUGCCGUUGACAUUUGGAGUCUGGGGUGCAUCUUUGCCGAAAUGGUCACCAGGAGGGCCCUGUUCCCCGGCGACUCUGAGAUAGAUCAGUUAUUCAGGAUCUUCCGCACCUUGGGGACACCCGAUGAAAACGUUUGGCCGGGAGUCACAUCAAUGCCCGACUACAAACCGUCCUUCCCCAAGUGGGCUCGGCAGGAUUUAGCCAAAGUAGUUCCUCUUCUGGAUGAGGACGGGAGAGAGCUGCUGGCAGAAAUGCUGAAUUAUGACCCAAACAAACGGAUUUCUGCCAAAAAUGCACUUGUACAUCGGUUCUUCCGGGACGUUUCCAUGCCAGUUCCUCACCUGAGACUCUGAGUUGUUUAAAUCAUCAGGCCGGUUCAGACCAGAGUAACAUCUAAGCAAUAAGGACGAACUGCAGUCCAGUGGCUGGAACAGACAGAAAACCUGGACACUACAGGAGCCGAAGGGUCCCUCACUAUCUAAAAACAGCUUUUAAGUAGCUGGACGUUCUGCAGCUUUUGUUUCAAGUGUUAAACUGUUAUUUCUAAUUUUAUUUGGUGUAUUUAUGUACAGCUGCCACAUUUGAUCUAUCAUUAAUGAUUUAAAUCUGUGAUGUUCAGCUCAGAACAAUAACUGAAAAAGAAAUUCCAGAUUUAAAUGUUUAAUAUUGUUUCUGAUGUUCAAGUAGUUUGUUAAUUAGUCAAAUUGAUAAAUUGGAGGGACUGUGCUAAUAAAAUCACCAGCUCUUGGAAAGCUUGAGGUACUACUGAACAGAGUGAUGGCUCUCAGUACAACCAGCCACUAAAAGAACAUCAGAUUAAUUGAUUUCCUCCUGCUUGACUUUUGUUUCACUGCAAAUGAUCUUGAGGUGGUUUUAAAACGGCACCUUUGUUUGAUAGUAAUGUGAUUUAUAGUAGUCCAUCGUCAUUUUACAGAGUUUAACUUGUUAUUGCAUUGUUCAUACUUUAGAUUUUACCCAAAUUUAAUGCACAAUUUUUAUGUAUAAUGUUUAUAUACAGUUGGACUAAAUAAACUUGUUUAGAUAACUGC